AUGAGCAAAGAAAAGAUCACCACCAAAGUUGAGGCCUCGCGGGUCAAUGCGAUGGCCGCUGUGCGGGAUUACAAGGUGUGCCCCAGGAUGGAGUACAAAACCAUUUCGGGUGUUCAAGGACCGCUAGUCAUCAUCGAAGAUGUGAAGUUUCCUAAGUACUCCGAAAUCGUAACAAUUCAUUUGAGUGACAAUUCGACCAGGCAAGGACAAAUACUGGAGGUGUGUGGAAAGAAAGCAGUAAUUCAAGUAUUCGAAGGAACAAGCGGAAUAGACAACAAAAAUAGCUAUGUGGAAGUGAGUGGAGAUAUUUUGAAAAUGCCGAUGAGUGACGAGAUGUUGGGGAGAGUAUUCAACGGUAGUGGAAAGCCAAUAGAUAAAGGACCUAGCAUCCUUGCCGAUGAUUAUUUGGACAUAAAUGGAAAUCCUAUCAAUCCGCAAUGUAGAGUAUAUCCCAAAGAAAUGAUUCAGACAGGAAUAUCAACGAUAGAUGUAAUGAAUAGUAUUGUUAGAGGACAGAAAAUCCCACUCUUCAGCGCAGCUGGGUUACCACAUAAUGAAAUAGGUGCUCAGAUAUGUAGGCAGGCAUCUCUAGUACAAGGGAAAGAUGUAUUAGAUCAUUCCGAUGAUAAUUUCGCAGUGGUCUUUGGUGCCAUGGGAGUGAAUAUGGAAACAGCUAGAUAUUUUAGGCAAGAUUUCGAGGAAAAUGGAAAAAUGGAAAGAGUGUGUUUAUUCUUAAAUUUAGCAAAUGACCCAACGAUAGAAAGAAUCUUGACCCCCAGAAUAGCAUUAACGACAGCCGAGUAUUUGGCAUUUGAAAAAGAAAUGCAUGUUUUUGUAAUAUUGACGGAUAUGUCUUCUUAUGCUGAUGCGUUGAGAGAAGUUUCGUCUGCAAGAGAGGAAGUACCAGGAAGGAGAGGAUACCCAGGUUAUAUGUAUAGUGAUUUAUCGACAAUAUAUGAGCGAGCAGGAAGAGUUGAAGGAAGAAAUGGAAGCAUAACUCAGUUCCCAAUUCUGACGAUGCCAAAUGAUGAUAUUACUCACCCUAUUCCAGAUCUGACAGGGUAUAUUACAGAGGGGCAAAUUUUCGUAGACAGAAAUUUAUACAACAGGCAGAUUUAUCCCCCUAUCAAUGUAUUGCCUUCUUUAUCUAGACUUAUGAAAAGUGGAAUAGGAAAGAACAUGACUAGAGCUGACCAUCCCUACGUUUCGGAUCAGCUAUAUAGUAAUUAUGCCAUUGCUCAGGAUGUGAAAGCCAUGAAGGCAGUUAUUGGUGAGGAAGCUCUUUCCAAUGAUGAUAUAUUGUACUUAGAAUUUUUAGAUAAAUUUGAGAAGAGGUUUAUUACGCAGAACACUUACGAAUGCAGAGACAUUUACCAAUCCCUCGAUAUCGCAUGGGAACUCUUGCGUAUUUUCCCGGAGGAUAUUCUCAAGAAAAUCAAGUCAGAUAUCCUCUCCAAGUACUACCCACGCCACCAUGUCGGCUAA